UUCAAUGCCAAUAAUGCUGACAUCAGUUAUGUCACCGACAAGAUAGUGAUGUGCACUUGAUUAUUUAUACUCGUUCAAAUUUGUCGUGCAAAAAGUUCAUCUUUCAUCUUUCGAGAUGUAUCUAGUUGGGUUGACAGGUGGCAUCGCUACUGGGAAAAGUACGGUUGCUGCUGUCUUUCGAGAAUAUGGCAUUCCUGUUAUAGAUGCCGAUUUAAUUGCCCGGAAAGUCGUCGAGCCAGGAAAGCCAGCAUGGCAUAAAAUACAGAAGGAAUUUGGACCAGAAGUAUUUUUGGACACUAAACAGUUGGAUAGAUCAAAAUUGGGUGAUUUAAUAUUCAAUGAUGUCGAGAAGAGAAAAAAACUCAAUGCCAUUACACAUCCGGACAUAUACAGAGAGAUAUAUUGGCAGACAAUUAAAUAUUUUUUGCAAGGUCAUCCUUUUGUAGUCAUGGACCUGCCAUUACUUUUCGAGACAGGACACAUGCUGAAUUACCUGCACAAGAUUAUAGUUGUAACAUGUGAAGAAGAUCUUCAACUACAACGAUUAAUAGAACGUAGUGGAUUUACAGAAGCUAAAGCGAAAUUAAGAAUAGCUGCGCAAAUGCCUUUGGAGAAAAAAGCGGAGAUGGCGAAUUUUGUGAUUGAGAAUUCGGGUAAUGCAAGAGAUACCAGAGAACAGACUAUAAAAGUGAUCAAUGUAUUACGAUCUUCCAAGCAUCAUUGGAAAUUGCGUUUCCUUGUUGGAUUUUGUUGUACUGUAUUAUUAGCUGGCGCAUAUUGGCUAAAAAACAGAAGUUCCAGAUCUUUAUCUGCUGCGACAUGAAAUCUUUCUAUUAAAAUUACUCAGUUUUGAGAGAAAUCUCCCUCUUGUGUAAAACGGUUCUCUUGUAUAAACCAUAGUUAUGUGAAAAAAAUGCGUGAAUUUUUGUUAUCUUGUUAUGCAAAACUGAAAUUUUCAUAAAAUAGACAAGCGUUGAUGAAAUUGAAUCGUUUGCUAUAAUGUAUACAUUUAUGGAUCGCAAUUAUUUUUACUUUCGAGUCAUUAUGUCAUGCAAUAAAUUUGAUGUAUAUUAUAAGUCGUGAGUCUGUAGAUACAAAUAAUUAUUCUUUCAUAAAAUAGCUUUAACUGCGACAUGUUAGAGUAAACGAAGCGGCAAUAUGUAAAAGUUUAUUACACACGUGUGAGUGUGAGAGAACAUACACAUGUAUGUGAAUUAUAUAUAAAUAUAUAUAAUAAUAGAUGUCAUUAAAUACAUGGAUCAGAGCUAUUAAACUUGAUGACGUCAUAUGCUUGAUUAAGAGUCGACGAAAUGAUCGCGAAGGCUCAAUUAGCAUUAUUAUUAUAUCAGUUUAUAGCAAUAAUUAAACUGUAAGUUAGAAUUUUUUCUAUCGUUUAUAUUGAAAACAUUCAUAUAGAUAAGUCAUGUUAUUAGUUAAAGCAUUUAUCGAAUCGAAUGUAAAGUUAUAUAAAUGAUGUAAAUAAAAAAUUGAAUAAUGUA